UCAAUCUUCAACUCACAAACACCAGCAGGUUGAUCAUCAAAACACGUGUCUUAUAUUUUUGUCAAGAAUUAAAAUAACUACUACAAUCAAAGCAAUCUAUAAUAAAAUGAGUGCCAAGAAUUCGGAUCACUACAGGAAUAAGUUGAUUUUGGCCCCUAUGGUUCGAAUAGGAACGUUGCCCAUCAGACUGUUAUCUUUGCGUUAUGGUGCAGAUUUGGUAUAUUCAGAAGAAAUUAUAGACUGGAGGUUGUUGAGGUCAAAGAGAGUUAAAAAUGAAAUGUUGGGGACAACGGAAUACGUUGAUGAAACAGAUGGCUCCCUUGUGUUCUCUACUUGUGAAGAGGAAAAAUCAAGGCUAAUUUUACAAAUUGGGACAAGCGACCCUGAUCGAGCAGUCCAAGUUUUACUCAAAAUGCAGGACCUCAUUUCCGGGAUCGAUGUGAACAUGGGGUGCCCAAAGGAAUUUUCCCUCAAAGGAGGAAUGGGAGCGGCCCUGCUAACCCAGCCGGAGAAAGUAAAGGCCAUUCUGUCUGCUUUGGUGAAAUAUGCCACGAUCCCUGUAACUUGCAAAAUUCGAGUAUUGCCAACCAUUGAAGAAACGUUAGAGCUAGCGUUACUCAUCCAAUCUUGUGGAGUAUCAGCCGUUGCAAUUCAUGGAAGAAAUAUAAAUGAGAGACCUCAGCAUGCAAACAGGAGUCAUUUUAUUAAGGCAAUUGCGGAAAAAUUGGAAAUCCCAGUUAUUGCAAAUGGUGGUUCCAAAGAAAUCUCGUGUUACGAAGACAUCCUUAAAUUUCGAGCAGAAGCAGGCGCAUCAAGUGUUAUGGUAGCUCGUGCCGGUGAAUGGAACCCUUCGAUAUUCAGGCCCGAAGGAAAAUUGGACAUUGAGAUUAUCAUCAAAGCCUUCAUCAAAGAAUCAAUCCUAUCCGACAAUCCAUUUCAGCAUACAAAGUACACGAUCCAAAAUAUUCUAAGAGAUUUGCAAGAAACGCCGAGAGGACGAGUGUUCUUAUCUAGUCAAACAAUGAACGAGCUUUGUGAUAUUUGGGAACUACAAGAUUUCUACAAAGAUACAAAAUUAAAAUGGGAAGAAUUCAAAAAGAAACACAAACGUCCGGCAGAUGAAGAUAUAAAAGAUCCCAAGAAACCAAAAUUAGAUAUGCCAUUCGAUAAGUCUAUAAUUUGUGUACCUGACUGUGAAUUUAUUCGAAAGCAUUACAGCACAAAUGAAUCCCUCCCAAAAUCAAUAUUACUUAAAUGGACUAUCAAGGAGAGUUUCGGUGUACCAAAAUAUUCCAUGGAAUGCUCAGAUAAAAAAUUCCUCGCGAUUGUAGAAGUCGGUGGUAGAAAAUUUAUGACUGAUGUUUGGGAGAAAAGUAAAAAGCUCGCAGAACAAGGUGCUGCAUUUGCGUGUUGUAGAUACUUGAAAUUAAUGGAAAAGAAGAUUUUUUGACUUAUUAUUUUGACUAUGUAUAGGAUAUUUUUAAAAUCAUUUUUGCAAUAUGUAUGUACUCCUUUUAAGACAGUUUUGUCCUUAUUAAUAAUUAAAUGCAAGUCGAACAACUCAUAUUC